AUGAGCACCGAGGAGGGAGAGGCGAGGGGGGGGGGCGCCAUCACCCAGCGCCACACCCGGGAGGAAGACCCCCCCCAAGGAGCUCCGCAUCCCGGGGCCGAGGACCAGGAGGAGCCGGGGGAGGAGGACCGGGAGGACCGGGAGGACCGGGAGGACCGGGAGGACCGGGACGGAGGGGACACGUGUGGGGGGGGCGACCCGCAUGAAUCCACCCGGGGGGAUCUCUCCAGUGAGGACGGGGCGGUGGGGGGGGCAGCGUGCAAGACGCAGGCGAUGCAUUGGAGCUGCAGCAGUGACACGUGCAUCCCGACCCCCAGCUGCAGGAUCUGCUUCCAGGGAGCAGAGCAGGGCGACUUGUUGAACCCGUGCCGCUGCGACGGCUCCGUGCGCUACACCCACCAGCACUGCCUGCUGAAGUGGAUCAGCGAGCGGGGGUGCUGGACCUGCGAGCUCUGCUGCUAUCGCUUCCACGUCAUCGCCAUCAACAUGAAGAGGCCGUGGCAGUGGCAGUCCAUCACCAUCACCCUGGUGGAGAAGGUGCAGAUCAUUGCCGUGUUCCUGGGCUCCCUCUUCCUGGUGGCCAGCAUCUCCUGGCUGCUGUGGUCGGCGCUCAGCCCGCACGCCAUCUGGCAGCGCCGCGACGUCCUCUUCCAGAUCUGCUACGGCAUGUACGGCUUCAUGGACCUGGUCUGCGUAGGCCUGAUUGUCCAUGAGGGGGCAGCAGUGUACAGCGUCUUCCUGCGCUGGCGAGCCGUGAACCUCCACUGGGACGUCCAGGGUUACGAUAAGGCAAAGGACAUGGAGGAGAUGAGCACGGGUCAUUCCUUAUUGGCCCCCAGGACGCUCUGGUUGCCCCUGGCCACCUUUGGGCCCGAUGGCCCCUCCCACUCCACCCAGCUGGGGCCACAGCCGUGGACCUGCCUCUGUUUGGCCCCAUUCUGUCCGAGCCUCGGGACCCGGAACCACCUCAGCCCGGACGAGGACUCAGGAGAGGUCGUCGUCCGGGUCACAUCGGUGUAA